AUGAAUAAACUUAAAGAACAAAUUCGAGCGUACCCCUAUCAAAGCAAACGUAAAACAUAUAAUCAAGUUAUGCGUAUUAGAAAAAUGGAUCCUCUCGUUCAACUCUAUUCUAAUGCUCUACCAACAUUUCUAUGUCAAAACUAUUAUGAAUCCUUUAUAAAUUUUGUUAUGUGUGAGAUUGUUGAAGAUAUUGAAAUUUCUUUGGAAAAUGAGCAAAAUAUAGAUGAUCCUUUCCCAAAAUUCAAGAAAUACUUUAACCUUGAAGAAAAAAUUAAUACUGGAUAUCGGUUUCGGUGCAAGAUGUGCCGCAAAAUUAUCUCUUCAAAUCAUACGAGCAGCUUUAAUUUGAAAAAACAUUUAAAGACUGUGCACACUUCAAAUUAUAAAGAGAUUGAAAAAUAUCUCAAAAGUUUUGGGGUAAUGGAAGAAGAUAAACCCACUUCCAAAUCAAAUUUAAUACAAACAAAAUUAACCAAUAUGGAUUCAUCAACACCUGGUGUAUCCCAAAAAUUGGCUGAUAAAGUCAUUAUUAACUUUAUAAUUGAUACAGUUCAACCAUUAUCCUUGGUGGAUAAUAAUUCUUUUAUAAAGAUGAUAAACACUUUUUCUCCACGGACCAAGAUAUUUUGUAGGCAGACACUGAUGGCAAGAAUUUUGGAGAGCUUUAAGGAAAUGAAAGAAUCUUUGAUAUUAAAUCUAUCAGAUGUCUCCUACGUCUGUACAACGGCAGAUUGCUGGACUCACAAUAGAAGAGCUUAUUUAGGAGUAACUGCACAUUGGAUUGAUCCUAAAAAUCUUAAACGAAAAUCUGUAGCUUUAGUUCUAAAGAGAAUAAUUGGCUGUCAGACUUAUGACAUUCUAGCCAAUAUUAUUGCAGAAAUCCAUAGGUCUUACAAAAUUCAAAACAAGGUUUGUAAGAUGAUUACGGAUAAUGGGUCUAAUUUCCUGAAGGCCUUCAGAAUAUUUGGGGAAGAUAAUAAUAAUAACAAUACUAGUAAUAUUCCUGACAAAAAUAUUGAAGAUGGAGAAGAAGAAGAUGAUGAAAUGGAGUUUGAGAUAAUUGAUGUUCAUGACAUCCUUGGAUCUUCAAUAAGGUCUUCUAUGUUACCUAGCCAUCAUCGUUGUUCCUGCCACAACCUAAAUUUAAUUGCGACAGUGGAUGCUGAAGAAGCAUUAUUAAAUGAGGAUUUUAAAAGAGUAUCAAGAUCUACAUUUUCUAAAUGCCAAGCUCUUUGGAAUAAACAAAAUAAGUCAUCAAAGACGUCUGAUAUUUUCAAAAAAAAAUUAGGACGUUAUUUAUUGACACCAAACACUACAAGAUGGAAUAGUGUUUACAAUGCUAUGAAACUUUUAGCAUUGUUUCUAGAUGAGAAAAAAAUGAAAAUGAAUUAUAUAUUGGAUCAAAUGGGAAUACAAUUUCCAGAUCUGUAUGAUGAUGAUAAUGUAAUAGCUGCUAUCGUUCAUCCUAGUUUCAAGCAAAAGAUGCUAAGAGACAAAGGAGGGGGCUACCAGAAAUAA